UAUAUAGGUGAACAGCUAUUUUAUUAUUUAAACAUUUUGUUUGGUUCAACCAUGUUCAGGGUAGAGGCUUUCCGUGACGCAGCAUCUGCUAUGGAACAGGAGAAAGAAAUCCUGCUAGAAAUGAUCCACAAUAUCCAGAACAGCCAGGAUAUGAGGCACAUCAGCGAAGGUGAGAGAGAAGAACUUAACUUGACUGCUAAUCGUCUGAUGGGCCGCACCCUCACUGUGGAGGUUUCUGUAGAAACCAUCCGAAAAGCCCAGCCGCAGGAAUCCUUGCAGCAUGCCACCAAGAUGAUCGAUGAAAUAGUCAAUAAACUGCUGGAUGAUUUGGAAGAUGCCAAAACUCGCUUAAUGUCACUUUAUGGUGCGUGCACAUCUGAUGUGCCAGCAGGACCCAUCGACCAGAAAUUUCAGUCUGUGGUAAUAGGGUGUGCCAUUGAGGAUCAGAAGAAAAUCAAAAGGCGGCUAGAGACUCUGCUCAGAAACUUGGAAAAUUCGGAAAAGUCAAUCACAUUGUUGGAGCACCAGAAAUCGUCUGUUCGACAGUCUUGCAACAGCAAACAGGAUUAAACGAUCCUCCUGGCUGCUUCUGGCAAACCACAGGAUGAGCAAAUCUCUAUAAAAAGCACACAGAAGCUAAGAAAAAAAUUGUGCAGGCACGCACGUGUGUACGCAGGCACGAGCACCAAAGUAUCUUUGAUUGCCAGGUGUGAGCAUUUAAGGGGCUUUGGUAGCAUUGGCAUUUUCUUCUGGCAAUAAAGAAUGCUAUCAGGAGUUCUCCUGUACAGUCAAUGCUGCUCUUUGCAAAUUGUAAUUGUGCUUCUGCUGAACUUUCAGAAACCAUCAACAUCUUGCCUUUCCUCCAUUCUCUUGGGUUGUUCUGUUGGUUUUUUUUAAACUAAAGUUGUUUUGUCCUAUAGCAAGAUUUCAACUUUUCUCUGCAGUAUAUGUAGUGUGUGAACCAGACUUUUGGGGAAAAAAGACAAAUUGUGGCAAUAAAUCAAAAACAUUAAUAAA